AUGUUUGUGCGUCAAUUCUGUGUCGCCUUGGCCGUUGCGGCUUUGGCUAGGGCUGCGCCUGCUACUGCUAAGCAUGUUUUGCAUGAGAAGCGAGACCGACAGUCUUACGAAUGGGUAAAGGGUGGCCGGGUUGAAAGUGAUGCAGUGCUUCCUGUCCGUAUCGGAUUGAGCCAGAAUAACCUAGAAAAUGGUUAUGAUCAUCUAAUGGAAGUCUCUCACCCAGAUUCGCCCCGAUAUGGACAGUUCUGGUCUGCAGAUGAGGUUCAUGAUAUGUUCGCUCCCUCAGAGGAAGCAGUGGAUUCAGUCCGGCAGUGGCUUGAAUCUAGUGGAAUUGACUCGUCUCGAGUUGUUCACUCCGAUAACAAGGGCUGGAUUGCAUUUGAUGCAUAUGCACAUGAGGCGGAACGGCUUUUCAUGGCUGAAUUCUAUGAGCACGAGCACAAGGCCAGUGCAAGCAUCAAGGUUGGAUGUGACGAAUAUCACGUUCCGCAGCAUGUUCAGAAACACAUUGACUACAUCACGCCAGGAGUCAAGCUGACCCCAGUGCUAAAGAAGCUUACCAAGGCAAAGAGAGCUUCCCAGUUGCUUGGUGUUAAGCCCAAUGCUAAGGCCGUCUCAUCCGCUGGAGACACCUACUCGAUCCCCGCCAAGGCCCUGUCCCUUGCGGAAGAUCUCCAGGGCUGUGGGUACAAUAUUACCCCGACCUGCAUCAAGGCCUUGUAUAGCAUCCCAGAUGCUACCACGGCAGCUAAAGGAAACUCCCUUGGUCUUUAUGAGCAAGGUGAUUACUUUGCCAAGUCGGAUAUCGAUCUUUUCUACAAGUCGUACGCCCCGUGGGUUCCAGAGGGCACUUACCCUAUUCCCGCUUUAAUUGAUGGAGCCAAUUUCUCUGUGCCAGCCUACAGUGCGCUGAACACCGGUGAAUCUGAUAUUGAUAUUGAUAUGGCCUUCUCCUUGAUUCACCCUCAGACCGUGACUCUGUAUCAGGUUGAUGACCAGAUCUAUGAGCCAGAAGAGGUCGCAACUACAAACCUGUUCAACACUUUCCUUGACGCUCUCGAUGGUUCUUACUGCACAUACAGUGCCUAUGGAGAGACUGGUGAUGACCCAGAGAUUGACCCCGUCUACCCCGACCCAGCUGCUGGCGGAUACAAGGGCAAGCUUCAGUGCGGUAUCUACAAGCCCACAAACGUCAUCAGUGCCUCCUACGGUCAAUCAGAGGCCGACCUUCCUGUCAGCUACACGAAGCGUCAAUGCAAUGAGUUCAUGAAGCUCGGACUUCAAGGUCACUCUAUCCUUUUCGCAUCCGGUGAUUACGGAGUGGCCUCAUUCGCAGGUGACGGUGAUGCCAAUGGAUGCCUGGGCCCCGACAGCAAAAUCUUCAACCCACAGUAUCCCUCCAACUGCCCAUACGUCACUUCUGUCGGAGGUACCAUGCUCUACGACUACCAAACAGUUGAGGAUGGCGAAAGUGUCAUGCACGUCAACCUCGGCGGCUCAGCUGCCAAUUUCAGCACUUCGGGUGGUUUCUCCAACUACUUCCCCCAGCCCGAGUACCAGAAAGCAACCGUCGCAAAGUACUUUGAGAAGGCUGACCUUUCUUACCCCUACUACUCGGAGUUCGAGGUAGAUGUUAAUACUACCACGGGGCUAUACAACCGUAUCGGACGCGCCUACCCUGACGUUUCGGCUAACGGUGCCCAAUUCCGGGCAUACUUGGACGGAGAGGAUUACUUCUGGUACGGAUCCAGCUUGGCGUCGCCAUUGUUUGCCUCGGUCCUGACUCUGAUCAACGAGCAGCGUAUCGCAAAGGGUAAGGGUCCUGUUGGUUUCGUCAACCCGGUCCUUUAUGCACACCCUGAGGUUCUCAAUGAUAUCACCAACGGAACCAAUGCUGGAUGUGAUACCGAUGGAUUUGCUGCUAUUUCAGGGUGGGAUCCUGCAACUGGCCUGGGAACUCCUAACUACCCAAAGAUGGAGAAGCUGUUCCUCUCACUGCCUUGA